UGAAUAGAUGGGCUCCGAGAAAUCUUUCGGCGCUUGGCGGCUGCGUUUUUAGCUUACCGCGCCCGCCGUAUUGUCGUCGGAGCAUCUGCGCAACCAAAUGAUGAGAACAGGUUCCUGAGCGCGAAUAUAGAAAGUUUAGGGUCAAGUCGCCAGGCCUGUCUUUAGGAAGACUUGAUUUUUACAUUCUGUACCUUUUGCUAUCAUCUUUCGCUGGUAGGCUGCGUGGGUUUCUUUUCCGUGCGCACUUCCCACUGCGCAAGCCGCAAUCAUGACCAGCAUAGAUGAGCUUUUUAAGAAACCGUCUUCAGCAGCCAGUGCUAAGCGCAAAUUGGACGCCACAAAAGACCCAAACGAACUCUACAAGGCCGCUAAAUUAGAUGCGAACGGUGAUGUCAAAUCCAAAGGAAAGGAGCCAAUGGUUAAGGAUAAGGAAGAAGAUGAAGGUGAAGCUGGCCCGGAGCUACCUCCUGAUUUCGAUGCCGAGGAUAUCCCAGACGACGAAGAAGGGCGCUUUUUCGGCGGCGGAAUGGAGCGCAAAACGGCCCAGGCGAUGCAGUAUAUUGACCAGCAAGAUGAAGGGGAUAUUUCGCCCGAGAAAUUCGACGCUGCGUGGUUGCGACGAUUUGCUCUCAAUUUCGAAAAGAAGAUAUCCAAGAAUGCUGAGCUGCGCGGGAAAUUCGAAAAUGACCCUCAAAAGUUCAUGGCCUCGGAAGCCGAUUUAGAUGGCGAAAUAAAGGGCCUAUCGAUUCUUUCAGAGCACCCCGAACUGUACGCCGAGUUUUCAAAACUGGGAUGCGUGGGUUCUUUGAUUUCUCUGCUCUCCCACGAAAACGCAGACAUUGCAAUUGAUGCGAUCCAAAUUAUCAGUGAGUUGACAGACGAAGACGUCGAAGCUGAACAGGAUCAAUGGGACACAUUGGUGAAUGCAAUGUUGGACGCAGACCUCAUCGAACUCUUAGCCCAGAACUUGUCACGGUUGGACGAAGAGUCCGAGGCCGACAGAGCAGGAGUCUACUAUGUACUGAGUGUCCUGGAGAACCUUGCGUCGCAGACAUCACAUGCAGAAAAAAUAGGCCAGGACUCAAAUCUGCUACCAUGGCUCCUCGCUCGCAUCCAGAGGAAGGAGAGACCGGUUAGCCAGAACCAGCAAUACUCUGCCGAGAUAUUAGCCAUACUGUUGCAGUCAUCCUCCAAGACGCGAAACACAUUCAUCAGUCUCGAGGGGGUUGAUGUCCUUCUUCAACUACUUAGCCAAUACCGCAAGCGUGAUCCAGAAAAGGAUUCAGACGAGGAAGAAUACGUAGAGAACAUGUUCGACUGCUUGAUCUGUCUUGUCGAUGAAGACUCUGGAAAGGAAAAGUAUAUCGAAGGUGAAGGAAUUGAAUUAUCACAAAUCAUGUUGAAAGAAGGGAAAUUCAGUAAACUACGCGCUUUGCGGGUCCUGGAUCAUGCUCUAGGUGGACUGGGAGGCAGACCUGUCUGCGAAAGGUUUAUCGAAGCAGCAUGCUUGAGUACAGUAUUUGGAAUGUUCAUGAAGAAGCAAGAAAAUCAAACGACAGAGCAUUUACUGGGCAUCUUUGCGUCGCUUCUGCGCCUUCUACCUGGGGGUUCAGCAGCCCGUAUCCGUACUCUUGCAAAGUUUAUGGAAAAGGAUUAUGAGAAGAUCGAGAAGCUCAUCAAGCUGAGACGCGAUUAUGCUUCGAGGGUGUCCCCGGUUGAACAAGCAAUCGAAAAGGAACGGACGGAGUUCACUGAAGAAGAACAAGAGAUGAUGGCGGUUGAAUGGCUUUCAAGACGAUUUGAUGCUGGUCUAUUCUCUCUACAGCUCAUCGAUGUGAUUUUGGCCUGGCUUGUCGCUGAAGAUGACGGUGCAAAGCGAAAGAUUGUAUCCCUUUUGGCGGACCGUGACGAAGGUCUGUCUCUUAUACAGAGCACACUGAAAGAACAAAUUGAAGGGCUUUCAGAGCAAGAACCGGGACAGAAAGAGCACAGGGAAAUGCUUGAAACCCUUUUACAAUUCUUAUAGAUGGCCUUUCCAGCUUCAGGGAAUUUGCCAGCUUGUAAUAUAAUCAAUUAUCAUCAAUCAAUUUCGCUUUGCAAAAGAA